CUUCCUUUUGCAAUAUACAAGUCUUAUUAAGAAAAACUUAAACAAACACCCAUACUCAUUUUGACAAAUUAUUCUAUGGCAAAUGAUUAUGCUGUUGUUAGCUUCUUCUUCCAUACAAUACUGGAUACCACCUCUAGACAUAGUUAACUCAUCCAUUAUCCUAUACCACCUCUUUCCAUUCCAAAUAUCAUGCGUCUCACACGACACAUCUUACCUUCAAUCCACCACCCAUUUCUUCCACUCCCCCCUUCAAACUCACGCACUCUUAGCACUCACACCACUCACAUUCACCUACAGCAACCACUCCUACAAAUGGCCCUUUCUUCCUUUGACACGAACUUCCAAACCUACAAUGAAAUCUUGAACGAAUGCGUUAAUAAAAGGGCAUUCAGAGAGGGACAGAGAGUCCAUGCCCAUAUGAUCAAAACCCGCUAUCUUCCUUCUGUGUUCCUCAGGACAAGGUUGAUUGUGUUGUACACCAAGUGUGACUCUUUGGGAGAUGCUCGCCACGUGUUUGAUGAAAUGCCUGAACGGAAUGUUGUGUCAUGGACUGCUAUGAUUUCGGCUUAUUCUCAAAGAGGGUAUGCCUCUCAAGCUUUGUAUCUUUUUCUGCAGAUGUUAAGAUCAGGUACGAAACCUAAUGAGUUCACUUUUGCUACCGUGUUUACUUCAUGUACAAGUUCUACGGGUUUCAGUUUAGGGAGGCAAAUCCACUCUCUUAUCAUAAAAUCAAAUUAUGAAGAUCAUGUUUUUGUUGGCAGCUCACUCCUUGACAUGUAUGCCAAAGAUGGAAAAAUUCAUGAAGCUCAAACAGUAUUUGAAUGCUUGCCAGAAAGAGAUGUAGUUUCUUGUACUGCUAUAAUCUCUGGAUAUGCACAGCUUGGUUUGGAUGAAGAGGCGUUGGAGCUAUUUCGCCGUUUGCAAGGGGAAGGAAUGCAAUCAAAUUAUGUUACUUAUACUGGUGUUAUAACUGCGCUUUCUGGGCUUGCUGCUCUAGAUCUCGGUAAACAAGUGCACAACCAUGUUCUUCGCUCUGAAAUUCCCUCAUUCGUGGUUCUCCAAAACUCAUUGAUAGACAUGUACUCAAAAUGCGGAAAUCUCACUUACUCGAGAAGGAUAUUCGAUACCAUGUAUGAGAGAACUGUUAUCUCUUGGAAUGCAAUGCUUGUUGGGUAUAGCAAACACGGAGAGGGAAGAGAAGUGCUUAAGCUUUUUACUUUAAUGAGAGAAGAAAAAAAAGUCAAACCUGACAGUGUCACAAUGUUAGCCGUUUUAUCUGGCUGCAGUCAUGGAGGACUAGAAGAUACGGGGCUGAAUAUUUUUCAUGAUAUGAACAGUGAAAAAAUUGGAGUUGAGCCAAAGAUGGAGCACUAUGGGUGCGUUGUUGAUUUGCUUGGGCGUUCUGGUCGAGUAGAAGAAGCUUUUGAGUUCAUUAAAAGUAUGCCUUUUGAACCAACAGCUGCUAUAUGGGGUUCCCUUUUAGGUGCUAGCAGGGUUCAUUCAAAUGUGGACAUUGGUGAACUUGUGGGUCAUCGACUUCUAGAAAUUGAGCCCGGAAAUGCUGGAAAUUAUGUUAUUCUGUCUAAUUUAUAUGCUUCGGCAGGAAGAUGGGAAGAUGUAAGAUCACUUAGGGAUCUCAUGUUGAAGAAGACAGUAGCAAAAGAGCCUGGAAGAAGCUGGAUUGAGCUUGAUCAAGUACUUCAUACUUUUCAUGCAAGUGAUCACUCCCAUCCAAGAAGAGAAGAGAUAUGUGUAAAAGUGAAGGAAUUAUCUGUUAGUUUUAAAGAGGUUGGUUAUGUUCCUGAUUUAAGCUGUGUUUUACAUGAUGUGGAUGAGGAGCAGAAGGAGAAGAUACUUCUAGGCCACAGUGAAAAGUUGGCUUUGUCUUUUGGUCUAAUUGCUAGUUCUGAAAAUGUUCCAAUACGUGUCAUAAAGAAUCUGCGUAUUUGUGUUGAUUGCCAUAACUUUGCUAAAUAUAUCUCAAAAGUUUAUGGCAGAGAAGUGUCUUUGCGGGACAAAAAUCGGUUUCAUCGAAUUGUGGGAGGAAAAUGUUCGUGUGGAGAUUAUUGGUGAGAAGACCCUGAUAGAGAGGACUCAAUGACUAGAUUCUUGGUAUCGUGCAAUUUAUGAGGGGAAAUAGAGGAAGAUAGAUGAAAAAGGAAUGUUGGCCUGCCAAAAGUGGGAUGUAACUUAUGAGAAGAUUCAAAAUGGUAUGACUAUUGGGUCAUAAAGAAUUAAAAUGCAUCAUUUUUAUUGGUUAUUUCAUUACCAAAAUCAAGGAAUUGAAUAAUUACAUCUACAGUGCAGGAUUUUUCAGAAUUCCUUGCACUUCUCUCCCCGUCAGCCCCAAUAACCUCGACCUUGGCUUAUUAUGCGUUAUCUUGCAAUGCUUACGGCUUUUCCUUCAUAGCUAAUAAAUUUUUGAUCUCCAGGGCUUCACCUGUUAUUCUUGGCUGUUGAGGAACUCUCCUAAGAUGUACGCUAGGUAUUCAUUUUUAUUCUUGAUUUUUUUUGUUCUAUGAUUUUGUUAUGUGGUUAUUAUUCUGACGCGACACUGGUAAGCGAUUACGUCAUGGCUAUAUCUUGUGGCACUUUUCGGAUAUUCUGCAUGCGAAUUUUCUUUAAUGGGUAAUUUUGUCAAUGAAAUCCUUGUUAAAAUUUGUAGCAGACAGCAGUGCUUAUGUUGCAGGCUAUAUCUUUACAUUCCUUGAAGGCCUUCACUGUGCAAAAGCUUAUAUGCUUCUCCGAGUGAGUCUGAGAAUCCACAGCAUGAUACCUUGGUAGUGUUGUUUCUGGCACGCUAAAUUUUGAUAAAAUGAAAGAUUAGAACAUCUUAUGCAGAAUACCUUUGCAGUUGCUGCUUUUCCUUUUAACUUGCAUGUAUUUUAACAAGUAGAACCUGCUCUUUAUAGCUUUGAUCUCCAAAAAUGUUCUUGAGCAAAAAGAUUUCUUCAUCAUUCAUCAGUUUGAGAUUUUAUUUAAGACAAGAAAUGAGCGAUCCCUCAAGCUUUAUCCCUGAAGGUUGCUUCCCUUCAUGAAGAUAUCAUGCAGUGGAAUCCCUUUGUUUCAGGAUGAUGAUCAAUUAGUUUCAGAUCCUUCUUAUUCAGGCACCUUGUCCAAAAAGAUCGUGCUUAGUCAAUAGAACUUUCCAUGAUAAAUUGCCUACUAAUGAUAACCUAAAAACGAGAGUGUGCGUUACAGUCUCCAGAGUAGCAUCUUAAAUGAAACCACUUCUCACCUUUUCUUGCAGGGCCCUUUCGCUCAAGCAGUUUGCGAUUGGCUGAGCUUUGCUGUUAAUAUUGACAUUGAUUUAUCUGAUUUUGCAUCUGUAUUCUUUAUUUGUAACAGGACUUGGAGCUCUUAAAUAAAAGAUGCCUUUCUGGCUGCAAUAAUUCUCAGCUUUUGGUUUGUUUGGUAUUGUUGCAGUAAGAGCAAAUUUGACAAUCAGAAUAUCCAUCGGAAGGCAGCCAUUAAAAUGACUACUCUUUAUUGUUGGGAAAUGCUCUAAGGGUGGUCAUAUGUCCUCCUAUGUCAAAUACUUAUUCAUUUUAAAGCUCUUCGGUACCGGGAUAUAUUAACAAAGCUCUUUAUAUAAUUCAAGUUGACCUGAUCCCUCCUCUCUGUAGUUGGAUAAAAUGUAAUAUAGAUAGAUUUGCUAGAUGCUCUCCUAGUCUUGAGGUUUAGAAGUGAAGCGAGUCUAGGCUGUUUUGCCUGUUAUUACAAGGUCUCAAGUUUUGACGAGGACAUGAAGAGGCAUAACAAAGAAAGGAAGUCUUAGAACUCCAUGACAAGGGCAAGACUUUAGAAGGCUAAAGAGGCUUGUAGACACUAUUUGAAGUAGGUGCUAGUCUUGAAGAACAUAAUCUAGUAAUAGUAAAUUGUUAGCUUAAUCAUAUUUUGGUAAGUUAAAGAUUUACGUUUUAGUUCCUCGAAAUAGAUUAAUCAAUUUGGUAUGUUAUAUUAUCUUUUAAUUUAAAAUGUUUUAGGUGAGAAAAUUUUGAUGAAUGUUUACAAUAAACUUUAUUAUUUUUUUGA